UAUCGCCCCAGUGUUAUGUUUGUUAUCAAGGAGCUGAAUAUCCCCACCUGUAGUUGCAAAAAUGGAGUGGGCUCUCACUUCAAUCAAUCCACUCGCCAUUUCCAUAUUCGCCGGUCUUCUUCUUCUGGUACUGUUCUUGAGGCCCAAGAACUCCGGCAAGAAGCCUCCAGGCCCGAAAGGAGUGCCCAUUUUCGGCAACCUGCUUCAGCUGGGGGAUCUGCCCCAUGAGACUAUGCACAAGUGGAAACAAACCUAUGGCCCCGUCAUCUGGCUCAAGCUCGGCUCAGUCUACACAAUGGUGGUUCAGGACGCUGCCUCCGCUUCUGAGCUCUUCAAGAAGCACGACCUUCCGUUCGCUGACCGGAAGGUGCCUGACGUGCUGACAGCCUAUGAUUUCAACCAGGGAACUCUGGGAAUGAACCAGUUUGGCGGACACUGGCGGGUGCUCAGGCGGCUUUGCUCUAUGGAGUUCUUGGUGAACAAGCGCAUGAACGAGACGACGGAGCUCCGGCAUCGGAUCAGGGAGAAUAUGGAGAGGUGGAUCCUGGAAGAGUCGGCUGCGGCGCGGGCUCAGGGCGGCACCGGCGCCAUCCAGCUCAGCAGGUUUCUCUUCCUUUUGGCUUUUAACCUGGUGGGGAACCUGAUGCUCUCCAGGGAUUUGCUUGACGCAAAGGACCCUGAGUCACGGGAAUUCUUUGACUGCAUGAAUAAGGUUCUGGAGCUAGCAGGGACGCCUAACAUCGCUGACUACUUGCCCUACUUGAAAUGGAUGGACCCGGCGGGCAUGAAGCGGAAUAUGACCAAGAAUUUGGGCCGCACCAUGAAAAUCUCUUCCAAGUUCAUCCAGGAAAGGCUCAACAACAGAAAGGCAGGUAAGUUCCAGGAGAAGAAAGACUUUCUUGAUGUGUUGUUGGAGUACGAGGGCGAUGGAAAAGAUGGACCUGACAGGAUCACUGAGAAGAAUAUCAACAUUAUUAUCACCGAAAUGUUCUUCGCUGGAUCUGAGACCACAAGUAUCAGCAUAGAAUGGGGAUUUGCGGAGCUCCUGCGCAGCCCUCACACCUUCAAGAAGCUAAGAGAAGAACUCGACAGGGUGGUGGGAGUGAACCGGCGGGUCGAAGAGAAGGACGUCGAAAACAUGCCAUAUCUCCAAGCUGUAGUAAAAGAAACACUACGACUGCACCCCGCUUUGCCAUUGCUGCUGCCGAGGAACACCAUGGAGAACACCAAUUACCUGGGAUACGAUAUCCCGAAGGGAACCCAGGUUUUCGUGAACGCCUGGGGAAUCGGGCGUGACCCCAAGUGCUGGGAGGACCCCCUAGCCUUCAAGCCUGAAAGGUUCCUGCAAUCCAAUGUUGAGUACAAGGGGCAGCAUUUCGAGCUGAUUCCAUUCGGGUCAGGCCGCAGGAUUUGCGUCGGGUUCCCGUUGGCUCAUCGCGUGGUUCACCUGACCCUGGCUACUUUAGUCCAGUCUUUCGACUGGGAUCUCGGGCCGGGAGUGAAGCCCGAAGACAUUGAUAGAGAGGAGAGGCUGGGAUUGACACUGAGGAAGAAGAAUCCACUCUUCAUUAUCCCCAAGAAACGCUUAAACAUUUGAGAGGGAAACAAUCAAAACGAUUUGUGGAGUUCAUCAGAUUAACGAAUUUCUGUUUAUUAAACGUAUGUAUGUGUUGUCUACUUUCCUACGUCAACUCUGUUUUUCUUUUUCCAUACAUGUACGACUUCAUACUCAAUAAAACUUCCUGUUUUUAGUGUUUCAUAGUA